AAUGGCUGAAAAGAAAAGAUCUUCAUGUAUAUCAAAAAAAUUGCGAAAUCCUAAUGAUUUUCACAUUAACUUUGUGAAUAUACCCAACUCUUUAAGAUCUCCAAAAAAAAGACGAGAUUCCUCUCCUAAACGCUUUAGUAUUAACUCUUUAGAUGAUAGAGAGAAAAAUAGAAAUAAUCCGUCUGAAACAAAUCAACAAAUUGAUUGGGAAAGUACAUCAAAUGUUAUCGAAUAUUUUUUUAACGUUCUAAGAAAAGAACUACCUCCCGAUUCACUAUUUGACACUACUCAGACAGAAAUUCAAAGCAAGAUAAAAAGUAGUCCUUCAUCAAAAUCUGAACAUAUCUUAAACCUUUUUAAAACUGAUAAGGAUUCAAUAACAGAGAAGAUUAAUCAAAUUAUUAUUGAAGAAAUUAGAAAUCGUUUUUCUAGAGCCUAUUUAGCAGUUUUAGAUAAAAUUCAAUCGCCGAAAAAGUCAAUUAAGGAACAUAAAAAGGGAAUAAGCAUUAAAGAAUUGAAAGAAUUGAUACGGAAUAGACUGGAUUCUCCAAAUGAAGUUAACAAUUCUCAAUGCUCCUGUUCAAAAUGUUCAUGUUCUUGUUCCUGUUGCGAAGGUGAAGCACGUACGAAGGAAUCGAAGUAUAUUCGAAAAUAUCUAUUAAAACGUUUGGAAGAUCGAAAGAUAAUAGGUUCGAAAGAGAAGAAUAUUCCUUCGAAAUAUACUCGAUCAGAAUUUGAGAAAAGUAUUCAACAAAAACUUGAUUCAAUCAAUUUGAAAUUGUCAAAGUUAAAAGAACAUUUAGAAAAUAAAGAAGCUAGUACUAAUUUACUCGAUAAAACUUAUUCCAUAUUUUCUCAUCAAUCUAAACUCUUAAAUGAAUCAAGUGAAAAUCGUAAAAAUAUUAGAAAAGACGGUCUAAGAUUGUCUACGUUAUCAGAUACUCAAUUGGAAGAUAUAAAAACUUUCUUUUAUCAAGAAGCUAUUGGUAAAUCGAAAAAACUGUCAUCAGACUUAUGGAGCAACUUCUCUAGUUCGAAAUUUGCUUCAGACAGCGGGAAUCUUAAACCUUCUAUUGAAAUAAAUAAUAGACAACAGAGAGCGCGGGAAAAUUCUUUGAAAAAUUCUCGAGAAUUUAUUCAUAAAAAGCAUCACUCUAAAAGUAAUAGAUGGCUACGCGAAAGCUCCUCAUCCAUAAAUAUAAAAGGUAGGAGUAGUAGACUGAAAGAUGGAAGAAAAGUUACUCAAAGCAUCAGUAUACAGGCGAAUAAUAAUCUAUCGAAAGGGCAUAAAAUUCCAUAUUCUAUCUUACAGGAGGAUAGUAGCGAUGAUAUAAUUAAUUCCGAGGAGACAAGAUUAGAGUUUUACUCACCAUUACUGUCUUGGAUGUUUUCUGGAGUAACGUUAACCUCUUCAGUAACUUCUUUAGAAACAGAUAAUCAACUAGAACAAAUGAAUAAUCCUAAUUCUCAAAUUAUGGAGGAGGACAAGAAGGAAUUUGAAAAGGAAACUACAAGCGAUAAAGAUUUAUCAAUAACCAUUGGAAAAGGGGAGGGAAAUGUGAAAAAAAAUGAAAAUUCCUUAUCAAAACAAGCAAAAGAAGUGGAUAGAAAUUCGAACUCUAAGUUACAACAUUCAGAAAUUAUAGAUACCCUUCCCAAGGCGGAAAUUAGUAGCGAUGAAUCAGCAAGAAAAAUAAUUACUUUGCAUAGUUUAUCAUCCUCUUGUGAUAUGAGUUUAUUGAAAUUUUCUGGCAUUAUGAACGAUUUUGACGGUUUUGUUAAUGUAAUCGAUAACGCUAUAAAGAAAUUUGAAAUUUCUAUAAAUAUCGACUACCUCACUAAAAAUAUCGACGAAUAUAAAGAUUCAUUUGGUUUUCAUCUGGUAUUGUGUUUAAAACGUCAUAAAAGGCUAAUCGAUAAGUUUAAUGCUUUGCGUAAUGAAGCCAUAAGACUAUUAAUAGAAAAGAAAAGGAAAAGACAAAAAGAAUUGAUAAGAGAUAUGCAAAAUGGAAGAAAUAUAGAAAAUCAGUUUGAUAUUGGGCUUUUAAGUGAACAGUUUCUUUCAAGUAAACAAGUAAAUUCUGUAGAUUCUUUGAAUCUUUCAAAGAUUUAUCAAAAACACAACAUAAAAAGAUUAAAGUCAAUAUCGUUAAAUAUCACUCCUACUCCUUCUCCGUCAACAGAGGAUUCAUCUAAAACAGAUCAAAUGUCAAUUAGAAGUAAAAGUUCUAGCGCUACAAAUCUGUUAGAAUGCAUUGAUAUUUUAGAUGAAGAGAUUAAUAGAAUGUGGUUAAAAUUAACCGAAAGUACUAAGAGUAUUCUAAGAAUAAUAAUAAGAAAUCCUCCAAUUUACAAUAUUUAUGUUAAUAAAUUUAAUAAUGGUGAAAUUGAAUAUGACGAACAAUGCGAAAAUUUUCUACAUAAUAUUUAUCAGUUAAGAGAUUUUUUCAUUGCUCGUAUUAAGAGUAGCUUUCAAAAUAGACAAAAUAUGGUCUCUUAUACACAAAGUUUAUGUAAAAGUAUUGAACGAAAUGAAUUACAAAUAAAGCAGUUCGAAUUUGAAUUGCAGAAGAUUUUAUAUGAAAAAAAUGAUAUUUUAAAACUUAAAAAUAAUAUUAUAAGAAAUUUAGAGGCACGAACUUCAAAUUUCGAAAGAAGAGAGAAGGAAAAGUUGAAAGAAAAUAGCUAUCAAUUGGAAAAGAAAGAAAAAUUUAUUACAGUUGAACCAUAUAGAAGGAGAAGAGAUAGAUAUCGUGCAGAAAUAAUUGAACUUCGAUCUUGUUAUUACGAGAUAAGGCAAGAAAAUUGGUCUAUAGAACAUAAUUUGAGACAAAAGAGACUGAAGCUAAUCGAAGAAAUAAGUAAUUGGAUCACAAGAUAUGACGAAGAUAUGAACUUUAGACAAAUGAAGUAUGAUGAUGUAACAGAAAAAUAUAAGCUACAGAUAGAAGCUCAGAUAAAUUUGGAAGAGAGACUAAAAUAUCUUUUAGAAAGCUACUCCAAUAUUGUUAAUAGGAAAGCACUCGAAAGAGAGGCAAUAGGAGUAAACCUCAGAGAGAACGACUUAAGACAAAGAGCUGCGUCAAAACUUCAGGCAGUUUGGCGAAGCUAUAGGCUUAGAAAAAUAUUGCAUUUAAAAGCAAAAACUGCUGAUAAAACUCGUUCAAGAAAGAAGAAAUACUAG